AUGCCGCCGCGUUCCUCCUCGCACACAUAUGCGACCUCUCAGAAACCAUCGCCUAUAUCGACAACGACAUCAGCACCCCCGAAACCUCGUCAAUACGUCGCUCCCGAAGAACGAAUUUCCAGAUAUCCCAAAUUCCCGGAGCCUGAACCUCCCAGCCCUCCCAAACGAAGCCUCUUCUCCUUUAUCUGGCCGUUCGGAGGGGCGAAAGCGCAAGAGAAAGUAGAGACAAUAGACUUUGGCAAGCAGAAUCUUACUCGAGGCGUACAGGCAUCCCAGGAUGUCGUGAAGACGGGAGCCCUCAAUCCACGAUACAAGUUCGUCGCAACGCGGCUUACUUUGGCUAUAGCGUUUACGCCUGUUGCUAUAUAUCUCUCAUACGAGCUCUACGAGCGCCGUUUUAAUGGGAAGGAGCAGAAGCCGUUUCCGAUGCACAAAGUCAAGGCCCCUGAACAGGACACCAUAACCACCACGAAUGGAUGA